AUGGAGCGAUUCGAGGGAAGAGAGGUGGUUCACCAGGUGCUUCAUUUGGCCAGACAGAGCAAAUACCUCACUUGGGUUAUGACUGAUACCAACAAUGUGUUGCAACAUGAUUUCAUGGCACACCCGAUCAUGACAAAUUUGCUACGCACAUACCCGUACGUGAUAGGUAUGGAUUCUACUUAUAAGACGAACCGAUACGGCAUGCCAUUCUUUGAGAUUGUUGGGGUUACACUGACUAAUCAGAACUUUCUUGUUGCAUAUGCAUUCAUGAGGUCGGAGUCCGAAGAAAGUUAUCAGUGGGUGCUUCAGUGCUUGAGGUUGUUGAUCAGUCUUGAGAUUUUGAGGUUACUUCCAUGUUUGAAAAAAAAGAAGGAGAUUGGUGCCAAGUUCAAAAAUGGGAGGUGGAGGCAUGUGAUUAAUGCUACAUCUGAAGUGGCGUAUAAAAGAGAACUUGUAGAGGUGAAAACCAAGUGGGGUCGAUGGGCGAAAGUGAUUGACUAUGUAGUGGACACUUGGCUCAUACACAAGGAGAAGUUUGUGAUGUUUUGGACGAACCAAGUACUGCACUUCGGCAAUGUUAACAACUAUAGGGUUGAGAGCCAGCAUUCGGCAUUGAAAUGUUGGAUUGACAGUUCAACAGGUUCUUUAGACACAGUUUGUGCUCAGGUGCACUACUCGAUUGGGAACCAGAUUAUAGCCAUUCGUAAUGGGUUGGAGGCAUGUAGAACAACUCAUGGUCAGAAGUACAAGCAAAAGCCUUUGCAUCAGCUGAAUGGAAAGGUAUCCCACUAUUGUCUGUCUAUUCUUCUCGGUGAGACGAAUAGGAUGCGAGGGUUGAGUAUGGAUGUCCAUCGACGUUGUGGGUGUGCUCUACGUACUACCCAUGGGUUACCUUAUGCAUGCCAAAUAUAUGACUCGAUUACUGCAAGGAAGGGGUUGUAUACGAAGAACAUUCAUCCAUAUUGGAGGACCCUUGUCAUUGGAGUGGGUGUCGACAUUUCUGAUAUAGUUGAUGAAAAUGAUGAGGAUCGAGCUCAUUUCCGCACCCUUGUUGAUCAGGUUAUAGCCAGCGACUCUGUGAUUCUUAAGCACGUGUCUCGAGUGAUUGAGGGUGAGAUGGAUUUUAACUACGAUGACCUUCAAGAGCCUCGAGUCAACCCCUGA